CGACGACAAUCACUGACACGUGACGGGAGAGAACCCUGAGUGCAAUACGGAGACCGCGAGUGCAAUACAGAGAGCAGGCUGCAUAUAAUGACUUCUCUGGAAGAGGAAUUAAAACAGCUGCGUGGGAGGGUGCAGGAGCUGGAGGAUGAGGUUUUCCGUCUGGGAAGUGCAUCAGGCGCGGUGGGAAGCGGAGAGUGCCUCUCUGUCGAGAAGCAGCCUAAAGGAAAGCAGAAGCCACGUGUUCAGCGACCAUUUGAUUUUUCAGCCCACCCAAAGCAACAUGUGGCUUUGCGCUUGGCAUAUUUUGGCUGGGGGUACCAUGGUUUUGCCAGCCAGGAGAACACAAAAAACACAGUGGAGGAAGUGGUAUUCAAUGCCCUCAUGAAAACGCGUUUGGUGGAAAACAGACAGGACUCAAACUACCACCGGUGUGGCAGAACAGACCGUGGUGUCAGUGCACUCAGCCAGGUGAUAUCUCUGGAUCUCCGAUCAAAUCCACCUGGCAUGCCGGAGAUAAGAUAUACUCACAUCCUGAACCGUGUGCUUCCUCCUGAUAUUAGAGUCCUGAGCUGGGCCAAAGUUCCCUCUUCAUUCAGCGCUCGCUUUAGCUGCCGCUCUCGCACAUACCGCUAUUUGUUUCCAAGGGCACAGCUCGACAUAGAGGCUAUGGAUAGAGCUGCACGACUUCUCCAAGGAACUCAUGAUUUCCGCAACUUAUGCAAGAUGGACGUGGCCAACGGGGUUCUAAACUUUACCCGUACCAUACUCCGUGCCACAGUGGGUCCUGUGCCAGACCUUCCAGGAGAUGUACAACCCAUUCAACUCUGCCAACUGGAGAUUACUGGUCUGGCCUUUCUCUACCACCAGGUUCGGUGCAUUAUGGGUGUACUGUUCCUGAUCGGACAACGAAGGGAAGAGCCAGAAGUGAUCAGAGAACUGCUGGAUGUGGAGACAAAUCCUUGCAAACCCCAGUACAAUAUGGCGGUGGAACUCCCGCUGGUGCUGUAUGACUGUCAGUUUAAUGAUGUAGACUGGAUCACAGAAAGGGACACACAAAGCUUCCUUGUUUCACACCUGCAGCGUCUCUGGACCCAGGAAGCUGUAAAAACACAGAUAUUGCACAUGGUGCUUGGCCGGCUGGACUCUGUUUCUGUCAGCAUUGACGGCGGUCGCAGCCCGGUCCCAUGGUCUGUCUGUGAGCCAGUCAUAUGUAAUCACAGUGAUGGACUCAUUGAGGGUGUUAGUGCACGUGCGUACACCCCUUUGAUGAGGAGACGUGUUUGCCAAGGUCUUGAAGAGAGAGUGCAGCAUUAUGUCAAACGUGGAAGAAUAGUGAUGACAUCCGACAGAGAAGCAAUAUUGAGACUUGGCGAUAAAGGGCUGUCUAAAGAAGACAAAAGCCUGACCUCUGUCGGAGCGGAUAAACCUAAACUGGGAGACCAAGAUAUUAAGGAUGCGGCUGAAGGUGUGCCUGAAACAAGCCAAGACUUGCGUGACAAACCGAAUAAAACCAAAGCAAAAUCGUCUGACUGUGCUGAAUGGACCUCAGAAGAAGAUGGGAAUUCCUUGCCAAGCACAGCAAAAAGGCAGUGUCUCGACGGUCACAAUGAUCUAUAACUGGCUCAGUGCUGGGUGCGGUAUGCA